AAUACCCCAGUGAUCCCCAGAGAAGGGCCUUUCUGCCCUGCAGACAUGGCCCUGUGCCAGGGUUACCAUUCACCCCUCUUGCCUCCCUCACCUCUGCUCAGACUGCCUUGUCUCUGACCCGGGGCUUGUGGCAGGGAUAACCCCCAUGUGAGCCCAGGAAUGUAAAAACAACAGCAUUGGGCAAGACUCGAGGCAGGGACAGGGCUUGGGGUUCUGCCCGGCUGUCCCGUUGCCAGGGCACAAUGGGAGGGGCAGCCUCAAGUCUGAGGGGGAGGAGUGUGUGUGCAAGUGUGUGCCUUGGGUCCAGUGGGAUAGGGGAUCUGGGACCUUCCUCUGCCUUAUGCUGCAGUCCAUGGCCUUUUGUGUUGGCUCACCAGCUGAGGGAGAAGGACGUUGCUUGGGGUCCUGGCAUUUCAAGUCCUGCCUGGCAGGUGAGGCUGGUGCCAACAUCAUUGAGGUGUCCAAGGAGGCAAGGAAGCGAUUCCUGGGGCCACUCCACCCCUCUUUCAACCUGGUAAAGAUUAUUCGUGGGUGCCUCCUGAAGACACUGCCAGCCGAUGCCCACGAGCAUGCCAAUGGGCGCUUGGGCAUCUCCCUGACCCGUGUGUCGGAUGGCGAGAACGUGCUUCUGUCCCAUUUCAACUCUAGGGAGGAGCUUGUCCAGGCCAACGUCUGUAGUACCUUUAUCCCCGUGUAUUGUGGGCUCAUCCCACCGACCCUGCAGGGUGUGCGUUAUGUGGAUGGUGGAAUUUCGGACAACCUGCCCCUCUAUGAGCUGAAGAGCACGAUCACUGUGUCCCCUUUCUCAGGGGAGAGUGACAUCUGCCCCCAGGACAGCUCUACGAACAUCCACGAGCUCCGGGUCACCAACACCAGCAUCCAGUUCAACCUUCGAAACCUCUACCGGCUCUCCAAGGCUCUCUUCCCCCCAGAGCCCCUGGUGCUGAGGGAGAUGUGCAAACAGGGAUAUAGGGAUGGCCUUCGCUUUCUGCGGCGGAAUGGUCUCCUGAACCAUCCCAACCCACUGCUGGCACUGCCCCCUUCUGGGAAGGCCCCACCCCCAGAGGAGGAGGAGGAGGAAGAUGACGGGGAGAAGGAGGAGCCAGCAGUGGCUGAGAUGGCAGUGGUCCGAGCCCAGGCCAGGCAGCGCAAGCUGCCCCUGGGGAACAGAGGCCCUGCUGAAGACCAUAUCCUGGAGCACCUCCCAGCAAGGCUCAAUGAAGCCCUGUUGGAGGCCUGUGUGGAGCCCAAGGACCUGAUGAGCACCCUCUCCAACAUGCUCCCUGUCCGACUAGCCACUGCCAUGAUGGUGCCCUACAUCCUGCCCCUGGAGAGUGCCGUGUCCUUUACCAUUCGCCUGCUGGAGUGGCUCCCCGACGUGCCAGAGGACAUUCGGUGGAUGAAAGAGCAGACAGGAAGCAUCUGCCAGUACCUGAUGAUGAGAGCCAAGAGGAAGCUGGGUGGCCACUUUUGUACCAGGUUCACUGACCCCCUGGAGCUGCGUCGGGCACACUCUCUGCCCUCAGUGCCUGUGUCCUUUUACGGAGACGCCUUGCCCCGCUGGAUGCGAAACAAUUUGUCCUUGGGGGACGCGGUGGCCAAAUGGGAGGAGUGCCAGCGGCAGCUCCUGCUGGGGCUCUUCUGUACCAAUGUGGCCUUUCCCCCAGAUGCCCUCCGAAUGAAGCCUCCCCCCUCGGGGCCCCCUGCUCUCCCCCACCACUGAGAGCCCUGGGCUCUCCCUCCCCCUGGGGCUCAGUACCAGGCCUCCCCCUUUGCAGAGGGCCUGGGUCUAAGUCUCCCUCAGACAGUAAUUACACGUCCUGGGCCUAGUCCUCGGGCUUGGUGCUUCUAGAUGGGAGGGGGCUGCAGGGUCGAGGGGGUUAGGGUUGAUGAGCAGAGUACACUUGGCUGAAGCACGGGGGGAUGACUCCACAGAUGUGCCAGCAGUGACCCCUCUAGGAGCACAUUCCAUCGGUGCCCCUCCCCCUCUCUUUGAGUCCAAGGGGUGGGGCCUGCCACGUGACUGGCUCCUCCCCCCCCCCCCCCCCC